UUAGUGUUAGGCUUAAGAGAGUAAAGCUGAGAAACGCGAGGCUUAUUUUCCACUACGUUUUCUCAUAAAGUAUUCGCGUUGUAACAUCAGUUCAUUUAUUUCUUAACAUAAUGGCUGAUUGUGAAAUGUUACCAUUAGAAGCCUCAGUUAAAAAUGUGUUAGAGCAAACAUCUUUGAAAUGGGUUUUUGUGGGUGGUAAAGGUGGUGUAGGUAAAACCACGUGUAGUUGUAGUCUUGCUAUUCAGCUUUCAGCCGUGAGGGAAAGUGUUUUAAUUAUAUCGACAGAUCCCGCCCAUAAUAUUUCUGACGCUUUCGACCAAAAAUUUUCAAAGAUUCCAACCCUUGUAAAAGGUUUUGACAAUUUGUUCGCAAUGGAAAUUGAUCCUAAUAUGGGAGUGUCUGAACUUCCAGAUGAAUAUUUUGAAGAUGAUGAUCCUAUGCGAGUUGGAAAAAACAUGAUGCAAGAGUUGUUAGGAGCUUUUCCAGGAAUUGAUGAAGCUAUGAGCUAUGCGGAAGUCAUGAAACUUGUAAAAAGUAUGAACUUUUCAGUCGUCAUAUUUGACACGGCCCCAACUGGACAUACCCUACGUUUAUUAUCAUUCCCACAAGUAGUGGAGAAGAGUCUUGGAAAACUAAUUCGCCUGAAAUCUCAUCUUAGUCCUUUCAUAUCUCAGGUAGCAUCAGUUUUUGGUUUGCAGGAUGUCACUGCAGAUGUAAUGUCCUCAAAAGUUGAAGAAAUGCUCCCAGUUAUUCAGCAGGUGAACAAACAGUUUCGGGACCCAGAACAAACAACAUUUGUAUGUGUUUGUAUUGCUGAGUUUCUUUCACUCUACGAAACUGAGCGUCUGGUACAGGAACUGACAAAGUGUGGGAUUGAUACUCAUAAUAUUAUUGUAAACCAACUUUUGUUCCCUCAACAGGGAGAAGCACCAUGCCGCAUGUGUGUAGCUCGGUAUAAGCUCCAGUCGAAAUAUCUGGAACAGAUUGCUGAUCUGUAUGAGGACUUUCAUGUUACAAAACUUCCUCUACUUGACCAUGAGGUUCGGGGAACAGCUGAGGUCAAGGAAUUCUCGAAGCUUUUAGUUGAACCAUAUUGCCCCAAAGUCUGCAUAAAAUAAACCCUUUUUUUUCCUUUCUUUGAAAUAUAUGUAAGAAAGUUUGCAACUACAUGUUAUUAUCUAAUUAAGCACACUAUGUAUUCAGU